UGUUCCACUGCAGCGUCCCUUAUUGAUUCAAUGGGACCCUGGUAUUACCGCUCGGCUCGUCUCGAAGCUAGACUAAUUGGAGUGGAAAACCAAACAAUACCCUACUUUUCACCAUUCACCUAAAGGAAAUCGAAUUUACCCACAUGGGGCAAGUCAAGCCAACGAGCUUGUCAGGUAAGGUAGGCGGGGAUCAUCCACGAAGCAACCAUUUUAGUCGCAGAGAAAAGUACUGCCGAAUGGAUCCUCUCUGUUUCCCUAAGAAUUCGGCCUCGGUGGGGACACCCUCUUCGACCCGAGAAAUUUCCAUGUCAGGGAUGAAGCAAGGGGCCUACCUACAUAAUACCCUUCUUUUUGCUGACUGGGUUGAUUCCGUCGCUCUAGACUCACCUGGAGUUUCGAUACUUCUGAUUUCUAUUCGUUUUCGUAUUUGAACGUACUAUGUAUCUUCUUCGUUGGAUUCGUUCCCUUGUAGUACAUACGGCACAGAAGACGUAUUAGAUAACAUACCAUUGGACAAGCAGAGACUACAUAUGUCACACCGCCCACGAACUUUUGGAUCUUCUCUUGUUGUCCUAGAAAAGUUGCUUCUACAUACUUAGCUGCAUACCUAGAUUUCGGUAGCAGUAGCAAACUACGAUGGAUAUCACGAUGGAUGUCAUCGCAAAAGUAGUCGAGGAGCGAGGACCCGUCCUAGCGUCCGUCGCUGCGAUACUCGUCGCCGCAUUCGUCGCGUCUCUACUGGUCGGAGAUAGCGAUAAUGUGAAUAUACCGCUGGUAGGCAAAGAGGUCGGAAACGCCGAGAAGCGUAGGAAGGCAUUCAUCACCAACGGCUACGAAUUCUACAAGAAAGGAUACGAUCUAUUCAAAUCCAAGGCGUUCAUGUUAACCGGACUCGAUGGCGACCGUAUCGUCUUGCCGCGGAAUCUCAUGGAGGAAGUCAGGCGGCUUCCGGAUGAUGUUAUCGACAUCAACAAGGCCUUCGACGUUAUGAACGAGCAAAAGCAUCUCGGCAUGGGAGACAUUCGGCAGACUGAAUUUCUCAUUCACGUUAUCCGCGGCGACUUGACCCGUAGCUUGGUGCGCAUCAACCCGCGCCUCUCGGAGGAGACUGCUCGCACAAUCCGCGAGAACCUGCCGGAGUCUGCCGACGAGUGGACGCCAGUAGUAGCAUACCAGACGAUGCUGACCAUAGUGGCUACCAUCUCGGGGGCUAUCUUCAUCGGACCGGAGCUAUGUCGAUCGGAGGACUACCUGAAGGCUAGCAUUGGGUACACCCUGGACUUCAUCAACGCCGUGACCAAGCUAAAGCAGUGGAGCCGGCGGUGGCGCUGGCUCGGCCGAUACUUCACCCCCGAAGUCGACCAGCUGUUCACCGAUCGCAAGAAGGCGCACACCUUCCUCCGACCCGUCAUUGAGAAGCGGCGCGCGGCCAUGGCUGCCGGCCAGGAGUUGCCUGAUGACACCCUGCAAUGGAUGUUGAAUAAGGUUGACGAGUUCGGUCUAUCCGACGACAACCUCGCCGAGACGCAGUUGAACUUGAGCAUGGCUGCUAUUCACACCACGACGUUGACGGUUACCAUGAUCCUUUACGACCUUGUGGUUAGACCCGACGUCAUCGAGGAAAUACGGAAAGAAAUCAGGACCGUCCUCGCGGCCAACAACGGCGUCAUGACGAGCCACGCGCUUUUCGAGAUGAAGUUCCUAGACAGCGUCAUGAAGGAGUCGCAGCGCAUGAACCCGGGAAGCAUGAUCCGAUUCCAGCGCUACGUCGCCAAGCCCGUGACCCUAAGCGACGGCACUCACCUACCGGCGGGCUACAUGAUCGAGAGUCCGCAUGCCCUUACCGUGCAUGACCCCGAAGUGUACCGGAACCCAGAGGUAUUCGACCCCGCCCGAUUCCUCAACCUACGCAACGGCACGGCGGAGGACCUGCUAGGAUAUAAGAACAAGGAGCAGCACCAGUUCGUGACGGUGACCAAGGACUUCAUGCACUUCGGAUACGGGCGGCACUCGUGCCCGGGCAGAUUCUUCGCCGCCAACGAGAUCAAGCUGAUCCUGGCGCGCCUCCUGCUCGACUACGACAUGAAGAUGCCCGACGGCCUGACCGAGCGCUACGCUAACUUGAAGAUGGGUACCGACGCUUUCCCCGACCCGACGAAGGAGAUACUGUUUAAGAGGGUGAAGACGACCUCGUAAAGAAAGUGGGUCGGGGUAGGGAGUUUAUUGUGUCAGAUGUGUUGUACAUUCACCUUAUUACAUACUAGGUACUGUUUAUAGAUAGCGAA